AUGGGAAUGUGGGAGGAAGCGAGUGACACAGGGAUGAAGGGGAAGAAGAAGAAGAAGGAUAAAAAUGAGGAGGAGGAGGAGCGGGGGAAGAAGGAGAGAAUGGUGAAUCUGACACUGGAGAUGAUCUAUCUGCUGACUGGAGAGCACUACAUCCCUAGGAAGAAGUCAGAUGAUGGGGGGGCCCUGCAUGCCCCUGGCUCCGUCAUACAGAAGGAAAAUAACAAGAAUGACAAGAAGAUCCUGGAACUCAUGUCCAACAUCAUCCAGCUGCUGACUGGAGAGGUUGCCAUAAGGACUCAUCAUGUUUCCAUCUAUUUUUCCUUGGACGAGUGGGACUAUAUAAAAGGAAACAAGGACCUUUAUGAGGAAGGAAUGAAGGAGGAGCCACAGCAGCUCCACCCACUAGCCUGUGAAUAUAAAGAUGAGAACAAUGUUACAGCACAUACUGAGGCAACAUUAGGCUGUAAUAAUGAUGGAAAUUUCACUGAAAUGUCUCCAGUGGAACAGCCUCCACCAGCCAAUGGGAUUAAAGAGGAAGUGGCUUCAUGUGAAGUGGGAAACCAAUCAGAUUGCAGCAUUAAUAAAUGUACAGAACAGAUACAGGGGACAGAUACACCUACUCCUAUCAUGGGAUACAGAAUGAAUAACAACUUGUUAGAGAAUUAUAUAUCAAAUGCUAUCAAAGAGGAAACUGCUUCAUGGGAAGAGGGAAACCAAUCAGAUUGCAGCAUUAAUCCAAUUACAGAACAGAUACAGGGAACAGACACACCUGCUCCUAUCAUGAGAUGCAGCCUGUUCAGAAUCCCAUGUAAUAAAUCUGAUGAAAGUGCAGAUACAUCCCCAUAUAAAUCUCACAUAACAAAAAAAACAUUACAUAAAAAAAACAGCUGCGUUGUAAGUCAUAAAAUAACCCCCAUAGGAGAGAAACCAGUUUCUACUUCUGAAUGUGGGAAAUAUUUUAUGAAAUCAUCAGAACUUUCUGUCCAUCAGAGAACUCACACGGGAGAGAAACCAUUUCCUUGUUCUGAAUGCGGGAAAUGUUUUAUAAAUCAAUCGACGCUUGCACGUCAUUACAGAACCCACACGGGGGAGAAACCAUAUCCUUGUUCAGAAUGUGGGAAGUGUUUUGCCUCGUCAACAUAUCUCCGUGACCAUCGGAGAAUCCACACAGGAGAGAAGCUUUCCUCCUGCUCAGAAUGUGGGAAAUAUUUUUUAAAUUGUUGGUCACUUGCCCGUCAUCACAGAACCCACACAGGAGAGAAACCCUAUUCUUGUUCUGAGUGUGGGAAAUGUUUUGCCAUUUCAUCAGACCUUGCUGGCCACCGAAGACGAACCCACACAAAGGAGAAACCUUAUUCCUGUUCUGAAUGUGGGAAAUGUUUUACGAGCACGGCCGACCUUACUGUCCAUCUGAGAAUUCACACCGAAGUGAAAAUGUUUUCCUGUUCUGAAUGUGGGAAAUUAUUUUCAAACCGACGUAGCCUCAGUCGCCAUCACAAAACCCACACAGGAGAGAAACCAUUCGUUUGCUCGGAGUGUGGGAAAUGCUUUGCCAAUACUACACACUAUACUCUCCAUCAACGAACCCACACCGGAGAGAAACCAUUCUGUUGUUCUGAAUGUGGGAAAUGUUUUAGCCAUCAAUCAAGCCUUAUUGCACAUCAAAGAACCCACACAGGAGAGAAACCAUAUUCUUGUUCUGAGUGUGGGAAAUGUUAUGCCUCUUCAUCACAUCUUACUGUUCAUCGGAGAACUCACACAGGGGAGAAACCUUAUUCCUGCUCUGAAUGUGGCAAAUGUUUUGUCAGCUCAUCAGCACUUGGAGUCCAUCGACGACAAACUCAUAUUGGGUAGAACCCUUAUUUUGUUUCACUAAUUCAGUGAUGAGGGUCAUUUUUCGGCAAGUUUAGCCUGUAAAAUGACACCCAUAGACUCACAAAUUUUCGGCAAUGCGAAACGGUUCAGAUUCGCCCGUCACUAUUAAUUUAUCAAAACGAACUUGCCAUUGGAGAGAAACAGGGGAGACACCUUUUCCCUGUUCUGAAUGUAGAAAAGUGUUUUAACAACAGCAUAACCUCAAUCACCAUCACAGAAUCCACCAAGAACAUAAACUUUUUUUCUUGUUCUGAAUGUGGGAAAUGUUUUGCACAUAACCGCAGUCUAAAUGUACAACUUUGAAAUUCAAACCGGGGGGAUCCAUAAGCUUGUCCUCAAUGUGUGAAAUGUUUUGCAAACAUCGAUUAUAUCUAGGGUUGGGCACAUUUUUUCACCUUCUUUUGCUGUGGAAAUGACGCCCAUAGACUUGUAGGGCGGUGUGCGACAAAAAAAA